CGCUUUGUUUCAACCGUUCCCAAUAGCAGGGGACCAACCGGAAAAGGUUGUUCAGGCGUGUUUGAUUGAGGAUUUAGUCGGCAAGUUUCACCUCCUUUCUGAGAUAUUUUGUGCUCCGUUGGCCUGACCUGAGCCAGAAUGACGGACCGCUACAACAUCCACAGUCAGCUGGAGCAUCUCCAGUCCAAGUACAUCGGUACAGGACAUGCUGACACCAGCAAGUGGGAAUGGCUGGUCAACCAGCACCGUGACUCUUACUGCUCCUACAUGGGGCACUUCGACCUGCUCAACUACUUCUCCGUUGCCGAGAACGAGAGCAAAGCGCGGGUCCGCUUCAACUUGAUGGAGAAGAUGCUGCAGCCGUGUGGGCCGCCGGCAGACAAACCCGAUGAUGCUUAGAGUAAAUUGUCGUGAGCUGUAGGUGUUUGUUUUGUCACGGCUGGAUUGAGUUGAUGGGCAGUUUCCUGCUAAAAGUUUGUCUGACCGACUUUAACAGCAGAAUAUGAAUAUUGUUUCACUGGAGAUGAGUGAAAGAUAUACUUUCCUCCCUACACAGGGAAAUCUGAAGAUGUAGAACUACUGGAUGAUUGUAAAGUUGAUGGAAAAACAAGUUCAUGUGUCUCGUCGCCCAACUGUGUCUUUUUGUACCAAGUGAUUGAGAUGUAUUUUGACACAAGCUUCUUCUAGUUUGAUUAAACUGAAAUUUUGGUUUUUUUCUUC